GUGAUGCCACGUGACUUCUCUGGUGGGGUCAUAUGAUCUUCCUCCCGCUCGGCGUCUGUUUUCCUCUAACAGCUGCUGAUCAUGGCGGAUUUUCAGGAGCGGCGGACUCUGCUGGGAGACGACGAUGAAUGCUCGUUCGCCGGUCGACCGGAAGCAAGGGGACCCGGCAGGCCGAUGGCCGCCAUCUGCGACCCAAGCCACCUCCUGCACCGAGUGGUCGUCCUGGUGUUUAUGUGCUUCCUGGGAUUCGGAAGCUACUUCUGUUAUGACAAUCCAGCUGCGCUUCAAACUCAAGUCAUACAGGAUCUGAAUUUGAACACUGCAAAGUUCAUGCAGCUGUAUGCCUGGUACUCUUGGCCAAAUGUGAUUCUCUGCUUCUUGGGAGGCUUCCUGAUCGACAGGGUUUUCGGCAUCAGGCUUGGAACCAUCAUCUUUUCCCUUUUUGUCUGUAUUGGACAGGUAAUAUUUGCAGCCGGAGCGUGGGGCAAUCGUUUUUGGCUGAUGGAAGUCGGACGUUUUGUAUUUGGUAUUGGGGGUGAGUCUCUAGCUGUGGCCCAAAACACCUACGCGGUGAACUGGUUCAAAGGCAAGGAACUCAACCUGGUUUUUGGCCUUCAGCUGAGCAUGGCCCGACUGGGCAGCACAGUGAACAUGAACAUCAUGGGCUGGGUGUACAGUGAAGUCGCAUCUGCUGUUGGCUCCUCUGGAUACACCACGCUCGGCAUAUCACUCAUGAUAGCUGCUGGAACCUGUGUGUUUUCUCUAAUGUGUGCCUUGGUGCUGGGAUUUCUUGAUAAGAGAGCAGAGAGGAUCCUCCACAAAGAACAGGGGAAAACAGGCGAGGUUAUAAAGCUGACUGAUGUGAAAGAUUUCUCCCUAGCCCUCUGGCUCAUCUUUAUCAUCUGUGUGUUUUACUAUGUGGCCAUUUUCCCAUUCAUUGGACAGGGCCAAGUAUUCUUUAUUGAAAAAUUCAACUUCUCUCCAGCUCAAGCCAGAGCUGUCAACAGUAUUGUGUACAUCAUCUCAGCUCCUGCAUCUCCAAUUCUUGGGUUUAUCGUUGACAAGACUGGGAGGAAUGUUGGUUGGGUCCUUACUGCGGUCAUCGCAACACUUGGCGCUCACAUGAUGUUGGCCUUCACCUUCUGGAACCCAUGGAUUGCUAUGUCUCUGCUUGGUCUCUCAUACUCCCUACUCGCCUGUGCACUGUGGCCCAUGGUGGCCUUUGUGGUGCCUGAGCAUCAACUGGGAACAGCCUAUGGCUUCAUGCAGUCCAUCCAGAACCUGGGGCUUGCUGUCAUUGCGAUUGCAGUAGGACUCAUUGUGGAUUUAAGAGGAUACCUGGUGUUGGAAGUGUUUUUCUGCGCCUGUAUUUGCAUUGCUAUGAUGGCAGUGGUGGCGCUAUACUUUGUGGAUUACCUCAAAGGUGGAGAUUUGAACCGGUCAGCUGCUGCCAGAGCCAAACUACAAAAGGAGACGUCUCCAGAUUCAGAAUGAUGAUGAUGAUGAUGGUGAUGAGCGAACACACAUGGGUCCUGGGCUUCAGAAAAAGCAGGCUGCACUGUCCACCCCACAGCUUUCAGUCUACAGCCAAUGGGGCGGGACUGCGGUUCUGGCUCUGCCCAGUGAUGUCAUCUGUGGCUCUUCGAACCUGAACUGACUGUCUGGGAUUGGCUGUUGCUUAACCCUGCGUUUUAUAUAAGGACACUGACAAAUGACAAAUCUCAUUUUGGACAUAACUACUUUUCAUCUGACUUCAUUUCUACCUGCUCACACUGACAACUAACUUUUCAUGUCCAGCGAAAAGUUCCUUAAGUGCUGGAAAGUUUUAAAUACUGUCAAGAGGAAUGAUGCACUUAUUCCUUAAAUAUCCUAGAUUUUUACUACCUCCCUUUGUAAUUCGAGAUAUAGGGUUCCUAUUUCAGUUUAGGCAAACGUUAUGGGUAUUGCUUUGUUUCCAGAAGAGCUUAUUUGAGUUAACACAUGUCAGCAUAAUCACUGCCAAAGCGAACUGUUUCAUAAUGAAAUAAGCACACUUAUUUUCUCCAUCAGCUUGAAUCAGAUGCUUCAUUGAUCUUUUUAGUUGCUGAAUAAUUUCCAAAAGAGCAUGGUCUUGACUGCUUAAGCUUUAUUGCUCAAUUAUUUUAUUUCCUAAACUGCUUAUCAAUGAGCUGUGAAGUUCACAAGAGGUAAUUUUCUGUUGCAUCAUCAAAUGGUAUAUUAAUGUACCAGUAUAAAAAAAAACAUUAAGCCCACUUUUGAAUGCACUUAACUGUGUAAGGAUACUCAGCUGUAUCUUUUAUAAACUUGAUCCUUAAGGGGACCUUUUUUUUUCUGUAAGGGGACCUUUUUAAAAAACUUAAAUGUUUUAUAGGUUAUUCUCGUGUAUUAUAUUCACAGGAUUAACCUGAUCAAAGCACUUUCCCAAAAUUGCUGCUUGCUUCAUUUGAACAGACUCAUCAUGCACUCUUAACAAUUAGUAUUUUAACAAUGUAAUUGAAGAUUAUUCUCCAUAUGCUUACUUCUGGGUUUCAGACGAUGUAUGAGCUGGUAUGAGACACACACCAUCCAUUCAUUUUAAAAUUGAAACAAAAAUGUGUACCAUGAUGAAAUUAUUUGGGGAAAAAAUAAUUUGUAAUAAUUUGUAUUUCUAACAUAUUGACGCAGUAAUAAUGUCACCUAUAACAUUUAAUAUUUUAUUUUGAUGCACAAAACAUUUUAAAAAAUGGCUGCCAAUUUGAAUGCUAGAUUUCAAGUCUGUAACAAAAAAAUGAAAUCUCUGCAUUGCUGACCUUUUUAGAGUAGCGGGUCAUUUAAAGGGAACAUAUCAUGCUUUGAAAUCAUUCAGUUGCGGUCUAUAUAAAGUGGAACUGCAUUGCUUUGGUCUGAAUCCGUCAUUAUUGUUGCCCUCCGGCCCCUCUUUUGCCCCUGUUCUGAGGUCUGUCUGAGAGCAACCUGUUUUGGUGCUGUCUCUUUAGAUCUAAAGGAGGCGCUUCAUACCCCGCCCGCCUCCAGGUCUCAGAGCGGUCCACUCCACCCCGUUUGGCCGCUUUUGUAGUAUGCUGGGGGACGGUGUAUUGAACAACUGCACAUUUUGAUUUAUCCACUUGUAGCUUCUGCAUCCUUCAGCUUGUACUACAAAAUCGCUCCAAGAAAUAAAAAUGGCAGAUUUGCUAAAUUGGUAAUCUUGAAGUUCAUGACCUUGUUUAGCAGCUCCGCAGUCAAUACCGUGACCGAAAUGUUCAGAAAACGUAACAGAAAACUGAAUGGCUUGAACAAUAUGGCCCAAACAGAAAGUAAAGAUGUCUAUGCAGCUCCUGGACAGGUUACAUUCAAAAUGUCUACACUAGAAACUCCGUUUUGCAUGAUAUGUCCCCUUUAAGCUAUCUGAUAGCCAGGCAAAUCUAGUCCAACUAAUCUUCUAAGUUGUACUUUGUUACACUGAGUUAUGGUGGUGGUGUUUUUGUAACACUGGCUGCAUUAACUGUUGUUGAUUUGUUUAAAUUAUGUGAUUGAGAUAUGCUGAUUAUUAAAUGUUUGCACCAAAUCACAUUUGAAACCAAGGGCUAUAACAUAAUAAAUGUGAAUAACUUUUAUUAAA